ACCAAUCAGCGGUUGCUACUGGCUAGCGUACGUCUGAAUCCCAUACAUUGAAAGCGGCUAUUUCAACAACAUUAUUUGUAGUUACAAAGGAUAGUGUACCUCCAAAGGCAACACAGACCUAACGGAUACACUGUACCUGUCGAGCAGGACCAUAUAGGUGGAUCAGAAUGGCCCAGGGGAUACCAGAUAAGAUGAUGUCUAAUACUACACUGAUAAAAGACUUGGCGGAUGUGGCAAAAGAUGCAGCACUUCUGCAAGGUGUUCUAAUGAGGAUCCAUGAGACCCCCAACUCAUCAGAGUUGGUGACGUACGCUCCGUUCACACUCUUCCCAACACCUGUGCCUAAGGCUGUGUUCCUCCAGGCUCUGGCAGUGCAAACACACUACAAUACACUGGUGGACAAGAUCAGCCAGGAUCCAGACUUUUUGGAAGAGGCUCUGGCUAGCACCAUUGCCGUGGAUGAUUUUACUGCAAGGCUUUUCAGGAUCCACCAACAAAUCCUAAAGGAAGGAAGGUCUCAGUCUAUUGUGUUGGGUCUCAAUCGGUCCGACUACAUGCUGGACCAGGGAGAUGAUGGGUCGUCGUCUUUGAAGCAGAUAGAAAUCAACACCUUUGCUGCCAGUUUCGGAGGUCUCGCUUCACGCACGCCAGAUGUUCAUCGACACGUCCUUAACGUGGCUGGGCAACUGGAGGAGAGCCGGCGGAUCCUCGACAACAACCCUGCAGCCGGUCUGGCCAAGGCUGUUGCCAAAGCCUGGGAGCUCUAUGGAUCAGAGAGAGCAGUCGUCAUGUUCCUGGUGGAAGAGGGCCAAAGGAACAUCUUUGAUCAACGAUACAUUGAGAACGAACUGUGGAAGAGGAACAUAAGCACAAUGAGAAAGCGGUUCGACGAUGUUACUAAAACAGGAUCUCUUGAUCAGGACAAGAGGCUAUUUGUUGAUGACCAAGAAGUAGCAGUGGUGUACUUCAGGAAUGGCUACAUGCCGGAGAACUACAUUUCUGAGAAGACUUGGGAUGCUCGUCUUCUGAUGGAGCGCUCUCUGGCUGUGAAAUGCCCAGAUAUCAGCACUCACCUGGCUGGAACCAAGAAGGUCCAGCAGGUGCUCGCCAGCCCUGGAGUUCUGGAGAAGUUCUUCCCCGACCAGCCCCAAGUAGUGGAGCAGAUCAGAGCAACGUUCACUGGCCUCUACACUCUAGACAUGGGACCAGAGGGUGAAAAAACGGUAGCAAUGGCCUUGGCAGCACCAGACCGGUUUGUUCUGAAGCCUCAGCGCGAGGGAGGAGGCAACAACAUCUAUGGAUCAGAGAUCUGCCAGGUCCUGCAGGGAGUGAAGGAGAGUACAGAGAGGACGGCCUACAUUCUGAUGGAUAAAAUCCAUCCCACCCCCGUACAGAACUACCUGCUGAGACGAGACGGUCCUCUCAAAAUCAGCAACUGUCUCAGUGAACUGGGCGUGUUUGGAACAUAUGUCAGACAAGGUAAAGACAUGGUGAUGAACGAGUGUGCGGGUCAUCUGCUGAGGACCAAGAGUUCCGAACACUCAGACGGUGGCGUAGCAGCGGGCGUGGCUGUGCUGGACAAUCCUCUCCUCGUCUGAGAUUUUACACUCCUACCUGCUGGGCUUUCAACACAGAAAAAUACCCAAAUGGACAAUGACUACUUUGGCCGCCACAGCGUGAAAACGAUGCUGAGCAAAUGUGUGUCCCACAUGCGUCUUACUUGAGACAGUCUGGACAGAAAUACGAGCUGGGUAGGCUCAGUUGUUGAUUCCUCCACUUUCUGUUUUAUCUUUACUGGCAUUUAGUGUCAUGUGCCUCUAUUACCAAUGUCAGUGGUUCCAAAAGGAUUAAUGAGGAUUCUCUUUAAAUGGAGUCCUGCGCUCAAAUACACACUCUUGGCAUAGCUUAAGCAAGUUCAAAACACAUACACCCAGUAAAAAACACAUCAUUUUAACAACAUGCUCAUUUUUAAUAACAGUAACACUGCCUAAGGGGAGGCAUUGAAGGUAAAUAGUGUAAAACCUUUAAGUCAUGGAUAUCACCGUGAAACUGUGUGUGUGUGUGUGUGUGUGUGUGUGUGUGUGUGUGUGUGUGUGUGUGUGUGUGUGGGUGUGUGUGUGUUGUGUGUGUUGUGUGUCGGUGGUGUGUGUGUGUGUGUGGCUGUGUGUGUGUGUGUGUGUGUGUGUGUGUGUGUGUGUGUGUGUGUGUGUUAUACAGUGUAUAUAUAUAUAUAUAUAUAUAUAUAUAUAUAUAUGAGAACAAAACUAAUUUUAAGAAAGCGGCCUUUAAAGAUAUGAACUGUCAGGGCAAUAAUGUUUAUCCAAAAGAUACCAUUGUUAAAACCUUAGUUGAUUACCUACUUUAUCACAAUACAUUUUUAGUAUCCUAUAUUUUGAAAUUUGAUGUGUGUGUGUAUAUAUGUAAAUGAGGCAUUACCUAAAGGUAACUUUUGAUGAAUUUAGGGCAAAGCUAUCAAUGC